ACAACAGUGCAACAAACAAUACUGCCGCCCUUAAAGGUAACAUGCAGACCGAUGUUUACAAAGAGGGCUCUUGAUAAAGCAGGGUGUUUGCAAAGAUUUUGUUGCUAAUUGCAUAAAAAAACGAGCUGCGGAAGAUUGGUCAACUUUGGAGUCACAGAGCAAGAAGAAGGAGAAAGCAGCAGCUGAAGCGAGAAGCAUCUCAGUGAAGGGAAAGAUCUUGGGAAGAGAACAUCUCACUGACAGCAGCUCCAGCACAGCCUGCUUCUGCUUCCCGUCUUCUCUCUCUCUCUCCCUCCUUGGCUUUCUCUUCCCCGCUCUUGUGUUCUUUCCUCUCUUUCUCCCUUCUGUCUCCUUCCCUUACUGCCCCUUUCUUGCUGUCCCUUCCCUGGCAGACUCCACUCCAGAUCUGUGCUGCCUGCUACCUACAAACUUUUUUGAGCGGAUCCCCUUAAACCAGAAGACAAGUAACUGCUGCUCUUCUGCCUUCGGCUCCUUUGAUCGUCAGAGAGGCGCUGCCAGAAGAGUUUUAACUAUUUCGGCUGAAACUUGGGAGAGAGUUUUUUUUUUAAUCAACCCUUUAUUUGCGCAGCCAAACUCUCUUAGUGCCGGGUGUUAAGAGUUUAAUGAGUGGCAAUGUGUAGCAAAGCGAUCCUAGCACUACUGGUCUAUGGGAUAAUAAUGCACUGCAGCGUCUACUGCUCACCUGCUGCUGGAUUUCAAUACCCUGCGCUAAGGAUUUCUCAGGAGGCACCGCCACAUGCGUCUGAAUUCUUGCCCUUUGCUUUCCGGGCUAGGCUGGAAGAUGAAGUGUAUGACGAGGAUGGAAACACGCUGCAGGAUUUCGCCUUUGACAACGACCCCCUUGGCAUAGCGAACCCUUCCUCCAUGAUAGACGACAUGUACACCCUGUACUACCCACCGGAAAAGAGGCACGCCGAUGGGAUAUUUAACAAAGCCUACAGGAGAGUCCUGGGUCAACUAUCCGCUAGGAAAUACCUGCAUUCUUUGAUGGCCAAACGGGUCGGCGGUGCCAGCGGCCUGGAGGACGACUCGGAACCGCUCUCCAAACGGCACUCGGAUGGCAUCUUCACAGACAGCUACAGCCGCUACCGGAAACAAAUGGCUGUCAAGAAAUACUUGGCAGCGGUCCUGGGGAAAAGGUAUAAACAAAGAGUUAAAAACAAAGGACGCCGAGUAGCGUAUUUGUAGCGCUGAGUCACCCUCCACUCCUGUGUAUACAAAGCCCUAAAAAGAGAAAAACAAAAGUCAUUUCCAAAGUGACUGAACAAUCACCGCUCCUGUGUUAUCUAAACAUGUAUUUAUGUAUGAAGUAAAGCCAUUAAAUGAAUAUUUUGAUAAUAAUAUUGUUUUUCUUUUUGUAUAAAAGCACUAGAGAAACGCACAGAUCUACU